AUGUCGUCACUGGUACUCUUGUAGACGAGAUGGCGAUGGUCGGACGCUCCUUCUCUCUCUGUUGUCUCCCUAGUCAAGCAGCGGGAGCUUGCCCGGCCAAACCAACCAUCCUUCGUCCAUCUUUCUCUGCCGUUGCACCUCUUCAGUGCCAUCCACCGACUCAUAGACCUCGAGCCCCCUCCUCCUUCUCAUUCUCCUUCUCCUUCUUUCGCUGCGUGCGAGGCAUGGCGAGAUCCGACAACGGCGUAUCGCGCGAUGGGCAGAAGUCAUUCCCCCUCUCCUCGACGUGCUUGUUGAAGCUGCAGCGGGGGGAUAUCACCAAAUGGUCCGUUGAUGGCACUUCCGAUGCGAUCGUAAAUGCAGCUAAUGAGCGUAUGCUUGGAGGCGGUGGGGUGGAUGGAGCUAUCCACAGGGCUGCGGGACCAGAACUUCGUGAAGCAUGUUGGAAUGUCCCAGAGGUGCGACCUGGAGUUCGCUGCCCUACUGGUGAAGCGAGGAUCACGGGAGCUUAUCGGUUGCCAGUCUCUCGUGUGAUCCAUACAGUGGGACCAGUCUAUGACAUUGAUGAACAUCCGGAGGCUUCACUUCGCAGUGUAUACAGGAAUUGCUUAAGGAUUGCGAAAGAAAACCACAUUCAGUACAUUGCCUUUCCUGCCAUCUCUUGCGGUGUUUUCAGAUAUCCUCUUUCCGAAGCUUCGUAUGUGGCUGUAUCUACUGUGAAGGAGUUUGCUGAUGACUUCAAGGAGAUCCACUUCGUCCUGUUCUCGGACGACGCCUACAGUGCUUGGUUGGAGAAGGCAAAUGAGGUUUUAUAAAGUCGACCACCAUUUGUCUACCGGCCACAAGAAUCUGAAAUGGAAAAUCCUUUUAUGGACGAAAUUGUGCAAAAGAGAUAUGCUUGUAUGUUUAGUGAAUCAACACUACAACUGAAAACUUUUAAGCGUGCUGUGACAAUAAAAAGCAUGGUCUCUGUGUUGUCCUCGUCACACCCACCGAUUUUCCUUGUAUACCUUGUUCUGAUACCUGAACCUCAUACGUUUCUUCUUAUAGUCCCUUUUUUAUGAAAACAACUACAAGGUGACUUGGUUAGGCACCUUUGUCUAAAGCAUCUACUUUCUUUUUC